GUGCGCAAUGGCCACAUCAAGCGAAUCACCGACAAUGACAUUCAGUCGCUGGUGCUGGAGAUCGAAGGAACUAAUGUCAGUACCACGUACAUCACGUGCCCUGCUGACCCAAAGAAGACCCUGGGCAUCAAACUCCCUUUCCUAGUGAUGAUCAUCAAGAACCUGAAGAAAUACUUCACUUUUGAAGUGCAGGUGCUGGAUGAUAAGAACGUGCGCCGGCGUUUCCGGGCCAGUAACUACCAGAGCACGACACGGGUGAAGCCCUUCAUCUGCACCAUGCCCAUGCGGCUGGACGACGGCUGGAACCAAAUCCAGUUCAACCUGUCGGACUUCACGCGCCGGGCGUACGGGACAAAUUACAUGGAGACCCUCAGAGUUCAGAUUCACGCUAACUGUCGCAUCCGACGGGUGUACUUCUCUGACCGGCUCUACUCGGAGGAUGAACUCCCAGCUGAGUUCAAGCUGUACCUUCCUGUCCAGAACAAGGCCAAGCAAUAACACCAUGUUGGGAAGAGAUGCCAGAAACAUUUUAGAAGAGAAGGCCCUGCUGAGACCAAGUUUUAGAUUAGCUCACCUUGCCUAGGAUCACUUUGAUUCACCCGGUAUCCCUCUUCCGGACAGGACACAGUUAACCACGUAACAGGUUUGGGACUGUGGUGUUGGUGUGCAAGUCGUGUAGAAUCAGAGUUUUCCUAGCUGUUCCUAACGAGCUGAGCCUAAACACUGCGAGUGGCCUGGGACCCGAUCUUGUGUU